AUGCAGCGGCUAACAUAUCGCCGUCGACUAUCUUAUAACACACCUUCAAACAAAGUCCGUGUGAUUAAAACACCAGGAAAUAAGUUAAAAUAUUUAUAUGUGAAAAAGAAAGGAAAACCCCCACGUUGUGGUGACUGUUAUCAUGCUUUGCAAGGCAUUCCUGCUGUCCGACCUCGUGUCUAUUCUCGUUUAUCAAAAAAUAAAAAAUCAGUAUCAAGAUCAUAUGGUGGUUCACGUUGCUCCAGAUGUGUCAAAGAUCGGAUUAUGCGUGCAUUUCUUAUUGAAGAGCAAAAAAUUGUAAAAAGAGUAUUAAAGACACAAAUUCGACUCAAAAAAUAA